AUCACACUGUCACCCAUUUCAUUUUUUCCAACACACUCUUUGUGGCUUCUUUCCACCCCUUCCAUUCUUCUCUUCAGAUCUCUCUUAUUUUCUCUAAUGGCUUCCUUCACUUCAACCUCUUUCUGUCUCACCUCAUUCAACCCAACAAAAACACUGGUACCUGGUUGCAGGAUCUCUAACCCGGGUUCAGUUUUUGUUUCUCUCAAGGGGAGAACUUUUCCACCCAUUACUUUGCAGAGUAGAGUACCUCGUUUCCAAAUUGCAUGUGCUGCCAAACCAGAAACUGUAGAGAAGGUUUGUGACAUAGUCAAGAAACAAUUGGCGUUACCAGAUGGAUCUGCUGUUACUGGAGAGUCCAAAUUUUCUGCACUUGGAGCAGAUUCUCUUGACACGGUGGAGAUUGUGAUGGGACUGGAGGAGGAAUUUGGGAUCAGUGUGGAAGAAGAAAGCGCUCAGAGCAUUAGCACAGUUCAAGACGCAGCAGACAUGAUUGAUAAGCUGCUUGAAAGCAAGAAUGCUUAAACGACCACCUAAGUUAUUUUGCUGAAGAAUCUUAAAUUUUAUGUUUGGUUUUUGGUAUUUCCUGUUUGAUUGGUCUUCAACUAAAUGCAUCCUUUUUAAAUAUUGAAAUUUAUCUUACUUUACUCUCUACUUCA